AUGCACAAACCCCGCUCACCAACCCUCCCAGAAGGUCUCCUCACUCCAACCAACCCGUACCCGACUUCCUCCCCUUUCCCUUCCUCACCAGUCACUACCCUCGCCCUCCGAGCAUCACCUAAACCACAAAGUAAACAAAUCUCAUCGCGUCCAGACUUCACGCUUCAUUGCCGUUCGAACCCGCCGCAAAUGCCUCCCGCCCGCUCCUCCAAUGCCUACGCCAGCCAGGGCAUGCCGACCGCGCACGCAAUGACCAGUCAAGAUCUCGCGGGCGCGUUCGCUGCGGACCAGAUUCCCCAGGACCUCGUCGCGGCCGCCGCGGCUGCCGUUCAACCCAGCAGUCGAAAGCGCAAGGCACCGACUAUGAAGACGGAGCAGCAUCUUGCGCUCCAGCAGCAGAGUCAACUGCAGCACCAGCAAAUGCAGCACCAACAACAGCAGUCACAGCAACAAAUGCAACAGGGUCAGCCGCAGAAUCCCAUGGCUCACGCGCAGGCUAAUCAGCAAAUGAUCAUCCACCAGGAGCAACCGCAAUCCCUGCUGUUGAUUCCCGCUCCUCAGAAGCGAAAAACACGUACGACAUGGAGUGAGGCCGAGACUAAUGAUCUUCUCAGAGGUUGCAAUGAUCACGGCGUGGGUAACUGGAAGAAGAUCCUCCAGGACCCAAGGUUUUCGUUCAAUAAUCGAUCGGCAGUCGAUCUCAAAGACAGAUUCCGCACUUAUUUCCCGGACGAAUAUCGGCGACUGUAUCCCAAUGCGACAACGCAUGGUGGAAGACGCCAGCGCGCUCCAUUGCCCAAUCAACUGCCCAAGGUUAACCGUAAAGAGCGACGAAGCUUUACACCCGAAGAAGACCGACGUCUUCUAGCUGGAUUCUUAAAGCACGGCCCAUCAUGGUCAAAGAUUCAGAAGGAUGAGGAGCUGCAUCUAUUUGAGCGGAGAAGUACCGAUUUGAGAGAUCGGUUCCGCAAUGCUUUUCCCGAUAAGUACGCCGCUGCCGGCUUCAAAACGCGACCUAAGACUUCUGCCGCCGCGCGCAGUCAGUCCCGCACCGCGCAAGUCGAGCAAAUGCCAGAGGGCACACCGCUCGACAUGGAUCUGCUGAGCAACGGCGAGUGGGCUAAUGAAGUUGACCAGAGCAAUGCUUUGUUUUCCGGUGCUGAUUUGGUUGACACCACCGGCGGCCCGGAUGCCACUAAUGUUAAUGUAUUUUACGAUGCUUCGAGUCAGCUUGUUGGACGCGACGACUCUAAGAUUCCUAUUGAUCCAAAGGUGACUGAGGCGGCUUCUCGUCGUAAAUAGUUAUGCAAUGAGAAUGGUGUUAUAGGUUGUGGUGGAUGAUGCAGUCGUGUGAAUGAUGUCUUUGUAUUUCUUGAGUUUCUUUGUGGGUUGAUCGUUUGGCUGUUUUCUCCCGUCAUUCACUUUCUUUUGGUUCUCUUCCACUUUUUUUCAGCUUUUAUUUUAUGUUUGUUAUAAUCUCCCAAGCGCGCAGAGUGGCCUCGAUUAUGCCGGAAACGUGCGUACCUUCUGCUUAUAUCUUGUUUUACCAGCGUUUCAGUUGUCUUAUUAGUUACGUCUCUCUCUCUCUUGUGUAAAUUAGUAAUGAUGGUUGAGUUUUAUUUUUUCUACUGUUUUAGUUAAUAUUAUCUAGUUUGUUAUAGUCACUAGCUAAAAAUUCUGGCCAGCGUUUACACCG